GGGGUGGCCUUCACGGGCGUGAGAGAGGGGUCUUCUUGUGCACCUGCUCUCCUACGACCAACCACUCUCUCCUGCUGCCCUGCGGUGUGUCCCAGAUUGUGAGGACCCACCUGCACCUCCGAGCUGAGAGAGAGAGCAAAGAGCUGUGCAGGAAGCCCGAGGCUCCAGCAGUGGAUUCUACAGGAGCCCGGUCAGGCAGAGUCCCCCGGGCCGCCCUCCUGGGCUCCGCCCAACUCCGGAUGGAGGGAGAGCAUGGAGGGAUGGCACCAGCCUUGGCUCAGGAAGGAGGGCUGCUUGCCAGGCCUGGUGACCUGCCACGCACCUCUGGGCUGGACCAGGGAGGCUCCCCAGGUAUAAAUCGCUCCACGCCGCGCCAUCCUCACAGGCUCUGGUGCCAGAGUGCAGUUCAUUCACCAUUUGUGACACUGACAGCUCAGAGCAAACCAAGCAGCAUGAAGCUGUACCUGCCUCUUCUGCUUGCUGCUCUAGGGCUUUGCUCCCAUGAGGGUGAAAGUGCAGGUGGUUCUAUGUUGUCCAACUUCAGGAACCCAAGGGAAAACUUUUCUUCCAUUACAAAAUUUUUGUUUACCUUUGUUCCAGCCAAUGCUAUACCAUGUCCAGCACUUCAAGAUGAAAUUAUUAAAUUCCUGAUGUCGACUAAAUACCUGUUUAAAAUGAGUCUUCGCAAAUUCAACCCACCUGAAGAAGCCGUGGCUGCCAAGUUGCUAGUGAAGGACUGUGUGGCUAACCUUAGCUUUUUAUCCAGAAUCAGAAUACUAAAAAUACUGGUAACUUCCUUCUCUUUAUGCACAAGGCUUCUCCCCAGACACAGCCAGGAAGAGGGCUGGCCUGCUUGUCCCCAGAGAUGCAGCUGGGGUGUCUGCCCUGCUGCUCUGCUCUUCACAGCAUGAACCAGGGCCACAGAGAGGAUGCUAGGAGCUCACCUGCUGAGUUACAGGCAGACACACACAGCAACCUGGGCAGCUUCCUCCUUCUCAGGGCACCUCCCUGGAUGAUGUGUUCCCUGUGGUGACCUCACCAUAAACAACCAGGUCCAGGCAGGGCUGGUUCGUGGCCAAGCCUCCUUCCUCCCUGUCGGUACUUUGAUGAAGGUCACCGUCACUGUGGAAUGCAGUGGGGCUCGAGCAAUGUGCAGAGAGUAAGGAGGGGCCUGGGCCCAGCUCUGUCAGAGCCCAGUCUGCAGUGGGUUUCUCUGCAGACUGACAGAGCUGGGACUCUCCUGACGACACUGCUGCCCACAGACCCACCCAGCCCCUCCCUGAGUCUCAGCACUCCAUCGGUCCCAUGGCAGGGCAGAGUAGAUGCCAAGCCCUGAGGCAUCAGAUGAAAGAACUCCUGGGUGCUUUGGUUUCCCAUUCUCUUACCCUUCCAUGGAGACCUGAGCCACACCUUGUGUCACCGCAGUGUGUACUUGCCUGACUUAGAUGAGGCCUUCACCCAAUAUAAUGCUUUGAUGUAAUUGUACCAGAUCCCUUCCCAAGUUUCCCAUGCGUACUCUAGUUUUUAGUCUUUUGCUGUUACAAAGGCUUUUGCUGGCAAACUCCAUGAACUUCUUGGUUGAGUUAAUAUGCCUUUUCCAGAACCUGCAUGAUGACCUCACCUUUCCUUCUUUCUCUUUUUGUUUAAUUUCAGAGCAAGAUUACACAAGAAUGUAUUUACGAUGAUAAAAAACAUCUUUUCUCCUGAUGUACUCAGUCUUUCAAGGAUUCCCUGGUCUUCACUGCAAAAUGUAAAGGUUUCAACGUCUUGCUUCAGUAAAUUUCUUGCCCUGCACAUCUCCACUUGUGUUAUUAUUAUCCUCCAAUUUGGGUCUUGCAUUGAGAGGUUUUCAUGAUGAAGUGGCCUUUUGGGGUUGGGAACAAUCAGUUCCAGGUGUGAUGCCCUGGUAACAAAGGUGUCCUGAGGACCCACAUCACCAAGGGGGACCUUGGUCAGGAAUCCUCCUGCACUGCCUUCACAUUCCCCACUCCUGCAGACUUGACUGACAAGCGAUGCUCCAGACUCGCAAACACUGGCCUGUCCCAGGGCCGCUGUGCUCACUAGAGCCUCCCGAUUUUACCCUGGACUGACACUGCCAAUGUCUGUCUAGGCGCCCCUCCUCUAAUAUCUUCCUCCUUCAAACUGUCCUAAAUCUGUGACAGGUUCACAUCGCGAAAACCGAGCUCUGGUGAUGGCAUAAGCUUCAUUACUGUAGACCUGCACUGGCUCUCCUUUCCAUGGAAUAAAACUCAAUUUCUCAAGUCAGAAAUUAGAGUAUUUAAGCUUGUAUCUAUCACAAGCAAAUCUGCACAGCAUUUCAAAAUCAGUGUUUGUCCGUUCUUCUCUCUGUGUUUCCAACAUUACUGCUCCAGACCACCAACCAUGGUUUCUCGCAGAUAUAGAGACUAGGGAUAAGAGAGAGGGGAGUGGGAAAGCCCCUAACUGACUCAUCCUGUCUCCUGAUUGGCCCAGACCCAGAGGCCCUGCCAGGUGCUUGGUCUCAGGGACUUCCAGAAGGACUUCACAGAAUGCACAGUCCUGAUUCAGUGCAUGGAUUUCACGGUCACCAAUAAUUAAGAAAGAAAAGGAGCUGGAGAGAAAGUAAAAAUAUAAGCAAGGACAGUGACAAAAGAAAUGUAAAGAAAAAUGAAAAUACUACAAUAAAAGACAUGUUUCUGGGCCUGGGAUUUAGCUCAGUGGUUCUGCCGCCUGCUGCGCAAAUGCAAGGACCU